GCGUCACGGUGCGCCCCGGACACUCACUCUCCUCCCUGCGCGUCUGUUGUAGACGGAGCAGCAUGUGAUGCUCUGUCCUCCAGUGUCCUGUGUUAGUGUGUGUGUGUGUGAGAGAGAGAGUGUGUGUGAGUCAGAACAAGCAAGUGCGGCAGCUGCAGCCCAGCGGAUGUUUCCAUUAAACCGCUCCAGAUAUUCUCUCCAUCUCUGGAUUAAACCUUGUGUGUUGUUGAUCGCCACUGAAGAGACUCAGGGACUGAGGUCAAACACCUGAGAUCCAAAGGACACCCUUCAUUACAGCCACAUCUGUCCACCUCUCUCCUAUCUCUCAUUCCUAUCAGUCUUUCUCGCUCUCUCUUUCUUCUCUCUUUCACCCCCACCUCCCCCCCAAUCCCCGACCCUCGGCCUCCCUCAUGCCUAAGAACAGCAAGGUGACGCAGCGCGCCCAGAGCCAUGAGCACGUCACAGAGUCUGUGGCUGACCUGCUCGCACACGAGGAGCCGCUGGACCACAAGAGCAGCUCGCUGAACGUGGGAGAAGCUGCUGGGAAGAAAGUCCCGCAGAUAGAGUUGCCUGAAAAUGAUGGACGCCCGGCCUGGAACAACAAAAUGGAGUACAUCCUGGCCCAGGUGGGCUUCUCUGUGGGACUUGGCAACGUGUGGCGCUUCCCUUACCUGUGCCAGAAGAAUGGAGGAGGUGCCUAUCUGGUUCCAUACUUUAUCCUCCUCCUCAUCAUUGGAAUCCCACUCUUCUUCUUGGAGCUCGCCGUGGGUCAGAAGAUCCGACGUGGGAGCAUCGGCGUGUGGAACUACGUGUGUCCCCGUCUGGGUGGAAUAGGGAUGUCAAGUCUGAUGGUGUGUGGCUUUGUGGGCCUCUACUAUAACGUGAUCAUUGGCUGGAGCAUCUUCUACUUCUUCCAGUCCUUUCAGUAUCCUCUGCCAUGGAGCGAAUGUCCAUUCAGAAAGAAUGGGACAAUUGCAAUCGUGGAGCCAGAGUGUGAGAAAAGCUCCGCGACGACCUACUUCUGGUACCGUCAGACUCUGAACACGACCAGCACCAUUGCAGAGAGCGGAGGCCUCAACGUCAAAAUGACUCUGUCUCUGUUUGUGGGCUGGGUCAUCGUCUGCCUUGCCGUCAUUAAAGGAAUCGCCUCCUCUGGGAAGGUGAUGUACUUCAGCUCUCUUUUCCCUUACGUGGUCCUCUUCUGUUUCCUGGUCAGAGGCUUAAUGCUGAAGGGAUCUGUGGACGGUAUUGCUCACAUGUUCACUCCCAAGCUGGAGAAGAUGCUGGAGCCCCAGGUGUGGAGGGAAGCAGCCACCCAGGUCUUUUUCGCCCUGGGUCUGGGCUUCGGAGGAGUCAUAGCUUUCUCCAGUUACAACAAGAUUGACAACAACUGUCACUUUGACGCUGUUCUCGUCUCGUUCAUCAACUUCUUCACCUCCAUUCUGGCCACUCUGGUGGUGUUCGCUGUCCUGGGCUUCAAAGCUAACCUCAUGAACGAGAAGUGUGUCGCCGAGAAUGCUGAGAAGAUCCUGGGAUACCUCAACUCAGACGUCCUGAGUCAUGAUCUCAUCCCGCCACAUGUGAACUUCACCCAUGUCACCACAUCAGACUACGCUGAGUUAUACAGCAUCAUCAAGGCGGUCAAAGAGGGCGGCUUCGCCCAGCUGGGUCUGGAGCCUUGUCUCCUUGAGGAUGAACUCAACAAGGCCGUCCAGGGCACCGGUCUGGCCUUCAUUGCCUUCACAGAAGCAAUGACCCAUUUCCCAGCAUCUCCUUUCUGGUCGGUCAUGUUCUUCUUCAUGCUCAUUAACCUCGGUCUGGGCAGCAUGAUUGGCACCAUGACCGGCAUCACUACACCCAUCCUUGAUGCCUACAAGGUCCAGCGGGAGCUUUUAACAGUGGGUUGUUGCAUCGUGGCCUUCCUGUGUGGUCUGCUGUUUGUUCAGCGCUCGGGGAAUUACUUUGUGACCAUGUUUGACGAUUAUUCUGCUGGUCUGCCUCUCACCAUCGUGGUCAUCCUGGAAAACCUGUCCGUCGCUUGGAUCUACGGCACUAAAAGGUUCAUGCAGGACCUGGAGGACAUGCUGGGUUUCAGGCCGAGCAUGAUCUAUUUCUACCUGUGGAAGUACGUCUCCCCGUUCUGUCUCAUCGUUCUCAUCUCCGCCAGUGUUAUUGAGAUGACGAUCAGUCCACCAGGAUACAACGCCUGGGUCCAAGAGCUGGCUCGGGAACGGUUCCAGAGCUACCCUCCGUGGGCACUCGCCAUGUGCUUUUCUCUCAUCGCCGUGGCCAUGCUCCCUCUCCCCAUCGUCUUCAUCGCUCGUCACUUCAACCUGAUGUCUGACGGCUCCAACAAGCUCUCCGUCUCCUACCGUAAAACCAUGAUGAAGGACAUCUCCAGCCUGGAGGAGCAGGACGAGUCCAGGUUCAUCCUCAGCGCCAAGGCUGGUGGGCCACCGUCCUCGGUCCCGGCACACAAGUCCUACCUCACUCCAGGGAAGAACAAACCGCUGGACCCAAACUCCCUGUCUCCACACAGCUGCUACGGCACGAGCUACCAAAACGCUGCCAUCAGCCCCACCACGCCAACGACACCAACCACGCCUGUAACACCAGAGUCUGACUCUUGACUGCCAUUCAAACUUCCUGUAGCACAGUUUAACUUUCAGCCAUAAAGUCUUCACCAAGGAUCCGCUGCAAACGCAGAGAGUCUCCAACACUGCCCUGCUAACACAAAACUGUAUGUAGUCGUCCAGUUAAUCUAAGCACACGCUUCCCAUAAUGACACCAGAAAAUACCCCCAUGGUUCCCGGCAUCUGCGAGUGUUAAAGCAGGAAAAACAGACACAUUCACGUUCACCUCUGUUCUAUUAUUAUUUUUAUUUUUUUUAAAUAAUCACAUUGUUUAAGUGCUAAAGGUGUGAUCUUCUUUUCUUUGCCUUACAGUAUAAGAACCCUGAGCAGACGUAGCCCUAAAGGUACAAAUGUAGGUGACACUGAAUGAAUGUGAGUUUAAUCCUUUUUCAUCACUAUGUUUAAACGUACAGUAUAUGCAGAGGCUAUAAGAAUGUGCAACAUAGAGUGUCUUAUAUCCUUUUUCAGCACAGCCUAUAUAGGCAAUCUAUAUAAACACACAGGAGCAAAAAAAGUAUUCAGAAUUAUGAAAAUCAGAUUAAAUUUGUGAAAUACAUCACAGUUCAAAGUUCACUUUUAUGAACAAAAAGAAAAGAAAAACAUGUCUAUUUUGUGACUUCUGCACAAUUAUUGACUAGAAAUGCAGUAUGAAAUGAAUCAUAACUUAAACACACACACACACGCAGGAGUUGUGUGUUAUUCCCACGGCAAAUUACCACGGGUGCACCUGCGGCAUAGAUCCGUGCCGCGUGAGCACUAAGGGUUCAUUAUUUCCAGGUUUAAAGCGUGUCACUGUGGAGUGUCAAAGCCAUACAGAGUCAUUUAUGUCCUAUUCCACAGUAUGCAGUCAUUUAAGUACGGGUCUGAACCGAGCGUUGACCUUUCACCUCUGUUCUGCUGCUCUGAAACUCUCAUCGUGUUGAUUUGUCUUCACAGGAGACACAGGAGACAUUGGAGACACUGGAGACACUGGACAGUGUGUGCUCUAAUUCAUGUUCUAUACGUUGACCCCCUGUUUUGUUUUGGGUUCUUCUUCAUUCUGUAAACAACAGUGUACAGUAUAGCAAUAUAACAUAGUAUAAUAUUGAUUUGUAUUGUCUCUAAAAAAUAAAAAUAGUACAUCUCACACAUUAUUAAUAUAAUAUUAUUUAAUUCAGGUUUUCCCACCAAAGAGUGACAGGUAAAAAACGUAAAAAACUUGAAUUCUUUAUGUUUUUAUAUGUGAGGAAAAGUGAAGAGAGCACAUUUGAACAUAAACAGACCGGAAGCACAACUUACUUGUUUCUUAAACGCCUUUGAUGUGGUUCAGAUUCUCUUCCUGCGAAAGUGAAAAAGAGAUUUCUACAGAACUACUGUGCACUGCCCCGAGCUGAUUACUAACAAUCUUGACCUAUUUAAAUAAAAAACUUAAAUAACAACGUUCCACAUACUGAAUAAGUAAUAGAGCACAAAUUGAGAUACACUGACGAUGAGUGAAUGUGAAGCAAACUUGACAGUAUGAACUUAUUCAGUAUAACGGAGACUCCUCACAUGCUCAUGUGCAGCAUAUGCUCAAACACAAAUGUGCUUUUUUGCUUAUUUUAACCAUAAAAGGACCAGAAAAAAGUGCUUUUGCCCAUUUUUCCAGAAUAAUUUUCAAUAUCUGGCAGUUAUUUACAAUUUACUGCAUGUUAAGAAUAGUGUAUUGACAAUUUAAAAUGAAGGAAAAAACACUGUAGUUCAAAUUUGAAAUGUGAACAGUAUAAAACAUAUUUAAAGUGAAAUUCCAACUCUCCUCUCUGGUGACAAAGACGCUGAUUCUCCAGGUUACUGCAACAACAUAAUUACCGUAAUAACCACACAUUGGCUUUGACGUGCAAUUUCUCAGCUUUCCAGAAACCGUUGGAUUUUUUUUCCAGUAGCACAAACCGUCGCAUAAUUACGGUAACGCAACAUGUGAUACGGUUAAAGGUUAAAGUGGUUAAGGAUAAGGACUUUUUUUUUCCUGUUUCCUGCAAGUUCAAACUUGUAUGUUUGUGUUAAAAGAACGAAGACUCCUCUUUGUAUAUAAAUAUAUAUUAUUUUUUUUGUCAAAAACAUUUAAAGCCAUGAUGUUAAGGUAAAAAUGUUUAUAUUCCUGUAUAUUUUCAGUGUAUGUAAGUGUAACAAACAACAGAGAUUUAUCUUUUAAAAGGUGAGCAGUGUAUAUAUAGAUAUGCUGUAUAUUUUAAGAUUUAUGUCAUUUGUAGUUUGUGUAGCUCAUUCUUGUUGUUGUAUGAUUGUUGGUUUUUCCUCUAUUAUUAUUUCUGUCAGCUUUUGAUUCACUUAUCUGGCUAAAUGUAUAGAACUAUAAACAUUAACAUACUACAAUCACAAACACAUUUGGGAGGAUGUGCAAAGGGGAAAGUAGCAGACAUAACCAUUACUGUAUAUAAAUGACAUACUGAUCGUGCAUAUUUCUAUUUUGUUUGGUUUAUCAAAGUGUGAACUCAACUGAAUCCCAGAAGGUUUUCUUUUCUUUCUUUUUGUGUGGAUGUGUGUGUACUUGUCACAAUCUCCUUUUACCUCCAACUGAAUGUGAAUUUUGAGGGUGAAUUUGAGCCAAAAUCCCAAAUCUGAAGCUGUGUUGAGGCAGAGUUCACACAAGUUAAACUAGUUAAACUUGUGCUGUUUAUUUAAGGCCAGGUCUUAUGUGCAGACUCUGACUGGGUCUAACUAACCAACUUAACUUAUGGAACAUUUAACUUUCCAUGGAUGCAUCUCACUGAGCUGAUAUCACCUCGCUUUUGGCGCCAUCUGCAGACUUUAUAUCACCUCCUUUUCUUUUUUAUUUAAUCUAAGAAUAGUGAAACACUCUCUCACUUAUUCGUCUACUUUCUGCUGUGUAAUGAGUCUCUCAUGAGUUCUAGUGUGUAUACAAACGUAUAUUUAAAGGUGUGCAGGUUUUUUUCUUGUGAUAUUUAAGUUUCUGUGACCCACUUUCUUCCUGCUGAGGACGAGAGUCACACUGUUCUGUUCUGUUCAGUUCAGUUCUGUAAAUAACUUCAGUGAUUCUGAAGACUGAUUUUGUUGGUGUGAAGUAUAUAAACUUGUCUUAACAAGUCGCUUUUAUGAGUAAACGUAACAUAGACUAGUCAUGAAUUGUGCUUUUCAAAUCACUCCGCAAUAAAUAAAGAAAGCAUUUGUUUAUUUACUCCAGGAAGCAAUAUCAAGUGAGUUCAAUGAGGGAAACAUUAGCUGCUAAUAGCUGAGUAGUGAUAGCCCACAUAUAAACAAAGGGAUAUGAUGAUGAUGACUCACGUGCAGGGUCGUCACAUCUCAAACACUGUAUGUACACGAGCUAUGUUUAGGAAAUAUCCCUUUACUUAGCUUCUGUCUCUUUCUCCAUCCCACAUUGUGUGAUACUGAAAGUUACUGUAAAACAACUGUGAGCGUCACCAAAGGUAUUAACAAUAAAGAUUAAACAAAC